CAAAUUUGUAUACUCCCUCUGUCCACCAUAGAUCUUCCCAAUAGCCCUUUUUCUUUGUCCACAAUAGAUCUUCUCAUUUCAUUUUUUAACAAGUAAAAUACCACAACUACCCCCACUUACUUUAUUUAUUACACCUCACCCACCUCAUUUAAUACACUCCACCCAUUUUUCAUUAAGGAAUAGCAGAGUAUAUUCGGAGUAACGAAGUUUGAAAGGUCAAAGGUUACAGAAUUCUUCCUGAGAUUUGAGAAUCACAAGUAUUAUAGACUUCUUCCUCACUCCACGGGAAGGAGCCAGCAGUAAACCCUGCUUUCUCUCUCUCUCCACGCCGAUUUUCUCUCUCCACUGCAACUGCAAACUCGAUCCAUAAAAUUCGUCUCCACAUUUCGGGAUCUGGGUCGUCUGCACUUUCCUUAAAUACCCAAACACGGCAUAAUCUGCUUUCUUCUUUUUGAAUCUUUGUUUGUGACCCACUAAGCCUUUGAUUUCGACUUAACAGCCAAGCGAUUUAGUCGAGCAAGUACGCACAUAAUCCGCAUUUUGAAUAACAGAGUGUGUUUCAUUCACGAUUGGACUACUCAAAUGAUCCGGGUGAAGCUUUGAUCUUUUUGACCCGGGUGGGAAUCGGGGACGCUUUCUCAUGGCUCAUCCAUCAGACCAGAGGUUUUGUAGCCAAGGGGCAGCGAGAUGUGGGGUGAUCUUUGUUUGCUUUUUCCUAGUUCUUUUCAUUAUGAAGCCAUCAGUCCUAUGGAGAUCCAAAGAGAGGUCAAGUGGUCUGGAUUCAUGUCCCUUGUGUUCUUGCGAUUGCGAGGAGGAUUCCAUGUUGCCAUUGCCUUUAGAUGUCCUGAAUGGCUCAAUUGCAGACUGUGGGAAAGACAACCCGGAAAUGAACGAGGAAAUGAAGAAAGACAUGAUCAGUUUACUAACAGAGGAGAUUAAGCUGUUGAAGAAUGUGACGAGUGAUAGCUUGGAACAUACAAACGCGCUAAUCACGGGUGCCAAGAGAGCAUCUUCCCACUACCAAAGGGAAGCAGAGAAAUGUACUGCAGGAAUGGAGACGUGUGAAGAAGCUAGAGAAAGGGCACAAGCGUCAUUUAUAGAAGAGCGCAAGCUUUCUCAACUGUGGGAGAGCCGAGCCCGAGAGUUUGGAUGGAAGGAUGAGUAGUAGUAGUAGUAUUAGACUCUGUUUGCUUGCUUACUCAACCAUUUUAUUAGCCUAUCUUUCUUUUCUUAUCAAAAAUCUUGCCAUUAGUUUAGAAUUUAAUUGCACAAAUACUGCUAGCAGUAACCCAUUUUUGUGAAUAUGUCAUUUGAGUAUUUUUUUUGUUUUUUUUUAAUUUUGUUGGUCAGUAGAGUUUUCUUUAUUUUUGAUGACACAUCUCUGAAGAUUAUGGUAUUUAGAUGGGAAAUGAAUAUGUAUUGGGUUU